AUGUUUUCGCGACUUCCUAUUUUGGGUUCCUCGGUCAGGCUAUUUUCAACUACUAAAAAGCAAAGUGGACCUGUUGUGACGUGGAUGAAGAAAAAUUAUGCCGUCACCUAUCUCAUUUUUGUGGUGGGAGCCGGUUUGACAGCUAUUGCGUCGUACACCGUUGCUUGUGUCUUCAAAAAUCCUGACAUCCGUCUCCCAUUCUACGACGACAAGCCUCGAGAUGAGUAUUAUUUUAAUAAGCAUUACUUCGGAGCUAGCCACAAUACCGAUCCUCGAUUGCCGCCUGUGAGAAUGCAUCAUAAUGGAGAUUUGGAAUUCCCCUAUGAUAAUCCGCUGAGAAAAGCCCGAUCUUCCAAGGACGUUUAA